AUGAGGAUCUCACUGAAGAAGCGGAACGGGAAGUUCAUCGACGCUUUCGAACUGCCCGAUGACUGUACCGUGGAAGAAUUCAAGGAACUCUUCUACCAAAAGUUUCACUACUAUCCAGAGAGACAAUGGUGGACUGUCGACACUGCCAAGGGCGUGCCCAUCAAAGGGAACGGUCCUCUCGAGGCGUACGGCGUCCAAGACGGCACGACACUCGUUUUCAAAGACCUCGGUGUGCAGAUUUCGUGGCGCCUCGUCUUUGUGCUCGAGUACGCGGGGCCUCUCUUCAUCUUUCCUCUCUUCUAUUGUUGCUCCGCCUUGAUCUAUGGCGUCGACGUCCCUCCGGAAAAGUGCCUUGUGCAAAAAGUCGCCUUUUGGCUCACAAUGCUUCACUACGUCAAGCGGGAGUUGGAGACGUUGUUUGUCCACCGAUUCAGCAGCAGCACGAUGCCCAUCCGAAACGUCCCCAUCAACUGCAGUCACUACUGGCUUCUCUUUGGCGUCUUCGUCGGCUACUUCCUGUUCCACCCUAAAUACAAACCUAUGUGGGGGGAUGACCAACCCGUUGUCAUCUACGGCCUCGCCGCAGCGAUGGUGGGCUUCGAGUUGCUGAACUUCAAGACGCACUUGAUUCUCCGGGGCCUGCGGGCCCGCGGCACCCGCCAGCGCGGAGUCCCCUGUGGGUGGGGAUUCGACCUCGUCAGCUGCGCGAACUACUUCUGGGAAACACUCGUCUGGGUGACCUUUUCCAUUCUCGUUUCUUGUCUGACCUCUUGGAUCUUCACAGUCGUUGGAUUCCUGAAGAUGACGGAGUGGGCGCUGAAGAAGCAACGGAAUUAUCGAUCCGAAUUCAAGGACUAUCCCAGGAACCGUCGCGCAAUCAUUCCAUUCAUCCUCUGA